GUCUGACGGAGUAGUACUACUGAUCACUAGUUAAUUUUACCUGUAGCACUCUGAUGUGUGGGGUGCCUCUUAUAGUACAUACUCACAGUUUCUCGGUUUCUCGUGUUCAAACACUGUUGUUACCUGUGUUUUGGAUGUUGGAAGGAUUUGGGAUGUGAUUUUUUUUGUGUUUAGUUAAAUGUUUACAGAAACAUUGCUUAAUGCAUAAAUUGAGGAUAAAGUUUACCUGGUGUUGACCUUGCCAUUAACAGGUGCUUGGUUUAUGUUAAUUGGCUUUAGUGAUGAGUGUGAAGAGAAAUGUAGAGGAUAAAUAGAUACCGUUAUCACCUAAAGCCAUUAGCACCAACUAGUGAAAGGCAUGCAGGUGAAAAUUAUUCCGGAGUCAUCAGGUAGCUCAGAUCAGAACUCAGCGGGCUUCACCACCCUCUCACCAGGUAUGGCAGAGAGCCGAUCACAGGACAACUACCUACCAAGUGAGACAUUCCAUACUCCUAGUUUUGGCGAUGAAGAUUUUGAUAUCAACACAUUAACAUUACCACCUCAAGUUUCUAAUUCUAUUUCUCGUUCUGAAAACCUUCAGCCCGGAUUUACAUCACAAACUGUUUUAUCUCAUCCUCCUACGGGAAACAUGGAUCUAUCAGAGAUGUCACGGAACUCUAUAGGAGACCAAAUUGUGCCUAAGUUUCCACCACAAAACUUUGAUGUGCCCGACAUUUCUAUAACCAACAGUCUACACUCCCCAGCCACCUCCGUGGGUACGUACAGUUCCGUAAGUUUGGACACUAACCUAGUGACAAGCGAGCCCCUCCGUACCAUCAGUCAUGCAGACGUACAGAAACAACUUGGGUUUCACAGUGUGGCUGGUAAAGUGUCCCCGCCCUCGGGGAGCCUCAACUCUCUGUCACCUAAUCGGGAGAGUAGCAGUAGCGACAGUGACGACAGUCUACCCUUGGCACAGUUGGCUCUGAUGAAACGUCAAGCUGCUGCUGCCGCCGCCGCGGCCGCUGCUGCAGCAGCGGCUGCGGCAGCCACACCAGAAGACCAACCUGUGGCAAAGAAACAGAAAACUCCCAAAAAGAAGAAGAAGAAGGAUCCAAAUGAACCACAGAAACCUGUGUCGGCAUAUGCACUGUUUUUCCGUGACACACAAGCAGCCAUAAAGGGCCAAAACCCCAACGCAAGCUUCGGUGAGGUGUCCAAGAUUGUAGCCUCUAUGUGGGACGGCCUUGACCCUGAACACAAGAGUAACUACAAGAAGAAAACUGAGAAUGCGAAGAAAGAAUAUCUGAAGCAACUUGCAGCAUACAGAGCAAGUCUUGUUUGUCAGGCUGCCCUGGAAGAAGGGAAUAAGUUGUCAGUUAAACCAAUAACAACACGAAGUGGUCGUCAACAGUUACGCUCUAACAUUCAGAGUGGUACUGAGGAGAGUACUGGCCUCAGCGUGGUAGCCCUACCCACACGCGGUGCCCGCUCACACCUACAACAUGCACAGACUAUAGCUACGUCCCCACAGAACAGCAUGUCUCCCCCACAGGAUAUGAUGGGACACAUGACCACUAGCCCACCUUACCAGACAGGAUACACUAGCCCACCCCAGUACCGCGUCAUGCAGGAUAUUGCCCCAGGACCACAAAGCAUGGAUAUGAUGGACGGGUGUAACCAGGCCAUGCCCUACACAUCAAAGUGGUGUAUCAGGAAUGGCUGUACCAACACCACACUGGACAACCCCGGCUGGGACAACGAGUACUGCAGCAACGAGUGUGUAGUCAGUCAUUGCAGGGAUGUUUUCACCGCCUGGGCCGCCUCUAGACAAGGGUCAAAUUCUUUUCCAGUCAAAUAGACAUUGUAUGGACUACAGUAGAAAUGUUUCCUAUUGAUGUGGACCGUGUAGCUGCCAUUAAGUUAUUUUGUGAUGAUUGCUGAAGUAAAACAGGGUGGCCUGAUAAUAGGACUGGAUGGAUAAUGGUCAUUAGAACCGAGGAAUGAACAUUGAUGUGACACUGUAUAAAGUGAUGUUUUACCCGACAAGACAACAGGUUCUGAACCUGGUCAAAAGUGUGCUUGGAUGACUUUGUGUAAAGUAUAUGGAUCUGGAAUUGUUCGACAUCAGUUGAUGGAAAUGGUGAUUUGUUAUCAAAUAUCAAUGAACUUCAAUGUCUACAUACACACUAUAUAUAUAUAUGUAUGUAGGUAUGAAAAUUAUGAAAAUGAAUUAUGAAUAUUUUAUGUGUUGGAAAAGAUAAAGAUGAUUAGAUAAUAGCUUGUUUUAGACACUAAAAUUUAAAUUAAUUUGAUAGGAUGUGCGGUACAUGUGUAUGGACUUCAAUGAGAUUUGUUGUUAAACAUUGAUGGAGCACUGAUGGCAUUAAGGCUGGUGGAAAAAACUAGUGUGCAUAAUAUGUGAUGGACAUAUGAAUAUGCCAUUUAGAUUUUAUUUGAAAAUGAUUAGUGUUAUUGGGGCAGAAGUAUUCCCUGCUGUGGAGCCAUCAUAUUGCUGGGCUAAGCCUGGUGUUACUGUAUUGAUUUUGUGGGAGGACCUCUAAGGUGAGGUAUGAAUCAUGACAGUCCGUACAAAUUGAUGGAUUUCUUUUUGCUCCAUUUCAAUUUUGUUUGCGCCAUUGAAUUAACCUUUUGUUUGUCAUAGUUGUGCGUCAUUUAUUCACAAUAUCAUGUCAAGAUUUCCACUCUGCCUCAAAGUGUUAAGUUUCCAAUGUGCUUGGUAUCAGUGGAUUCAAAGUUAGGAUUCUUUGUUAAUUUUCCCUAUUAAAGAAGAUGAUGUAUCAAACUCCCAUGUGUUCAAGCCCCAACAUAAUGUAGUAACACACUGAUAUAAGGGGAAUAACUCUUACAAUAUUUGUUUUCAUGGUUGAAUAUGUUGUAAAAUUAAAAUGAUUUGAAUGGUGUUUAUAAAGCUGACACUAUACUUCAUCUAUCUGCUCAACGUAAAACUUUUACAUUUCAAUGUUCUAUAUAUAUAUGUGUUGGAAUUUGUGUUCAUCUUUAUGUAAGUUAAAAAUUCACAUUCCUGUUUUUUUCCAAUUUGAGAGGAUUUGUGAUAAUUAAUUAUUCAUGAUCAUUGUCAGAGACUUAAAUUGGAAUUACGAUAAUCCAGUUACAUUGUAAUUAAAUUUAUUUUUUAUUCAAUAUUUUCUGUUGUAUUGUGAAAUUGAGGCUUGAAAGAAAACUUAAUUAUAUAUUGUAAUAUCUAGCUAAAUUAAAACAAUCAAAAAAAUCUUUGGUAGAUCUAAAAAAAUAAAUUCAAUUGAAGAUAAUAAUGUGAAGUAUUGCGGUAGUAAUUACAUUUAAAAUGUUUGAAUACAAUUAAGAUAGAGUAAGCUGUAUUAGACAUGGAAAUAAACUUUUACAAGGCUCACAAUGUGUCUCUGGAGAAGUUAAAUGAUGAUGUAGUAGCUUUAUUUCCUUAUUUGUAGGUUAGAUGAUUGCUAUGAUACUAAUGAUGUGUAACAUGCUGAUGAUAAUUACUGGCCAGACUCGGAGAAGUAGCUCCAGAUGUAUUAUGUAUGUAGACUGCAGGCCAAGCUCAACCAGUCAAAAUUGUGUAUUUGUCAUGAUAACUUGAUAGUGAUUUAAUUAUAAGUAAAUGCUGUAUAAAUCUCAACCCUUAGAUCUCCAACCAUCAAUUAAAUAUAAGCAGGUUGUCAUGACUGCUUGGCAGUGAGACACAUUAUACAGGUGACACACAUUGUACAGGUGAGACAAUGUACAGGUGAGACACACUGUAAAGGUGGGACAAUGUACAGGUGAGACAAUGUACAGGUGAGACACACUGUACAGGUGAGACAAUGUGCAGUUGAGACACACUGUACAGGUGAGACACACUGUACAGGUGAGACAAUGUACAGGUGAGACACGCUGUACAGGUGAAACAAUGUACAGGUGAGACAAUGUACAGGUGAUACACACUGUACAGGUGAGACAAUGUACAGGUGAGACACGCUGUACAGGUGAGACAAUGUACAGGUGAUACACACUGUACAGGUAAGACAAUGUACAGGUGAGACAAUGUACAGGUGAUACACACUGUACAGGUGAGACAAUGUACCGGUGAGACAAAUCUUAAGGGUACACAGAGAAAUUCAAAUCCUCUAGUUGAGAAUCUUAAAUGUUCAACCCGUGUUGGAGCCUUAGGUUAGACUCUAGUUGGUUUCUUUUUGUCACACCAUCAAGGUAGGAAUUUGAAGACUGAAUCAGGCAGCGAGUAGCCAGUAUUUAUCAUCUAGUCCAUAAACGGAGUGAUGGAUGUUGACCACAAACAGGGGUGAUGUACGUACAUGGAGUGAUGGGUACCGGUGUGGUCCACAAACAGGGGUGAUGUACGUGUAGUGAUGGGUGUGGUCCACAAAUAGGGGUGAUGUACAUGGAGUGAUGGGUGUGGUCCACAAACAGGGGUGAUGUACAUGGAGUGAUGGGUGUGGUCCACAAACAGGGGUGAUGUACAUGGAGUGAUGGGUGUGGUCCACAAACAGGGGUGAUGUACGUACAUGUAGUGAUGGGUGUGGUCCACAAACAGGGGUGAUGUACGUGUAGUGAUGGGUGUGGUCCACAAACAGGGGUGAUGUACGUGUAGUGAUGGGUGUGGUCCACAAACAGGGGUGAUGUACGUGUAGUGAUGGGUGUGGUCCACAAACAGGGGUGAUGUACAUGGAGUGAUGGGUGUGGUCCACAAACAGGGGUGAUGUACGUACGUGUAGUGAUGGGUGUGGUCCACAAACAGGGGUUAUGUACAUGUAGUGAUGGGUGUGGUCCACAAACAGGGAUGAUGUACGUGUAGUGAUGGGUGUGGUCCACAAACAGGGGUGAUGUACGUACUUGGAGUGAUGGGUGUGUUCCACAAACAGGGGUGAUGUACGUGUAGUGAUGGGUGUGGUCCACAAAUAGGGGUGAUGUACGUGUAGUGAUGGGUGUGGUCUACAUUCACCUGUGUGUUAUAUGAAAUACAAUGUGGGAAUAUUUUUUUGUUUUCAUCAUUAUGGUUACUGUUUUUAUAUCUGGCAAAUCUCUUUGUAACUGUUAUUGUUGUGUGCUCUCUUGUAGACACAGAGACGGACUGACAACAACCAGGUUGCUAUAGCAACUGCUUUUUUUGUGUUCCUUGUGUUGAUACAUUGAUUGUGCCUUUGUUUCAAUGUACCCAAUGGAAAUAAAAACGGUUUGAUAUUUUGUUGAAAAUUCACCCAACUUCAUCUAUCGAAAUAAAAAAAAAAUGCUGCAAAAGAC